AUGUCUCAGAGCCGGUUCCGGCUGAGCGGCCCCCUGGUGGGUGCGGGCAUCGUCGGCGUCCUCGCGGCGUCCUAUAUCGCAUAUUACCUGUACCGGCAGCUGCGGAAGCGGCGCUUCAUGCGCUACCUGAAGCGCAUAUACAACAACGACCACGAGCUCUACGAUGAGGCCGAGGAUGAGUACAGCGACGAGGAUGACUUCUACAUCGACGAGAGGACAAUCGACAGCCAGCGGCUGACCUCGAGGGCCGACCUUGAAAGCAUCCACGGCAGCGGCCGGUCGCGCAGUAGGUAUCCUUACGGCGGCCUCACCCGUCGCACCAAAGGCGUGGAGGAGUUUGAGCAGGAGGACAACAUCGAGAACCUGGGCGGAAGUGCCAAAACCCGGGUUCCGAGGUCGCACUUCUACGGGUCCUUCAAAUCUCGGCUCGCGAAGGCCAGCGGCAAGCGGGACGACGCAGAUGACGACGAUGACUGGGUUAACGUGGACGACGAAUGCAGUCGCAGCCCCUCGAGGAAAAGCGACCAGGUCGAGGCAGCCGAUGAGGCCGCCGAUUCCGGCGCAGACUCGUUGUCCGACGAGGAUGCCGAAGCAAAGUCCGCGGGAAUAGACGCAUCGUGCCUCGUGGAGGCCGCAGGGUCGGCGCCCGCGGCCGGCAGUGCUCUACCUGGCCGGCAGCGGGUGUACUUCAAGUCCUUCGGCUGCGCGCACAACAUGUCAGAUGCCGAAUACAUGAAGGGGCUACUGAGCGAAUAUGGGUACACCAUUUGCGACACGGUCGACAGUGCCAACGUUGCUGUGAUCAACAGUUGCACCGUCAAGGGCCCGAGCCAGGACGCCAUGACCACGGAGAUCGUCCGCGCGCGGAAGCUGGGGAUCCCCGUCGUCGUGGGCGGUUGCGUUUCGCAGGCCGACCGCAGUCUCGGCGUGUUCCAGGACCCCGGCGUGUCGCUCCUUGGAGUCCAGCAAAUAGAGGAGAUCGUGGGAGUCGUCGAGCAGGCGCUGCACAAUCGCAAGGUUACGCUGCUGGACCGCAAAGCGUUGCCCUCGUUGAAUCUGCCCAAAAUCCGCCAGAACAAGCUGAUCGAGAUCAUACCGCUCUCGACGGGUUGCUUGGGCGCUUGCACCUUCUGCAAGACGAAGCAGGCGCGAGGUGUCUUGGGCAGCUACAGCCUGGAGGCGAUCCUCGACCGCGUGGAGUCGGUGGUGGCGGAGGGCAUCCAGCAGAUUUGGCUAACGUCGGAAGACACGGGGGCGUAUGGGAUCGACCUGGGCACCGACAUAGUCACUCUUCUGCGGGGAAUCACUGCGCUGUUGCCGCCUAAUGUGAUGCUGCGUCUGGGCAUGUCCAACCCGCCGUACAUCAAGCGCCACAUCGCCGGCAUCGUCGAGAUCCUGCGGCACCCCAACGUGUUCGAGUUCUUGCACCUGCCGGUGCAGUCGGGCAGCGACCGCGUGCUGGACCUGAUGAACCGUGAGUACCAUAUCGAGGACUUCGAAUACCUGGUCGACUGCGUGCGCAAGGAGCUGCCGGAAUGCACCAUCGCCACCGACAUCAUAUGCGGCUUCCCCACCGAAACCGACGAGGACCACCGCCAGACGCUGGACCUGAUAGACCGUCUGAAGCUGCCCGUGGUGAACAUUUCGCAGUUUUACCCCCGACCCGGCACCCCCGCCGCGAAGAUGAAGCCCCACGGGAACAAGGUGAAGAAAACGCGCACCCGCGAGGUGACACAGUUGUUCAUGUCCUACGAGCGCAACAGCGUGUACGUGGGCCGCACCCUUUCGGUCUGGUUUUCCGACGUGGACAACCAGCGGGGCCACACCGUGGGUCACACCAAGACCUACGUGAAGGUGGUAGUGCCGCUGGACCCCGACCUCGUGGGCCGCAAGGCGCUGGUCACCAUCGAGGAAAGCAGCAAGUGGCACCUGAAGGGUACCGUGUCCUCGUUGGAUGCGUGA